CUCCCCACUUCUCUCCUCUCCCUCUUGCUAUCCCUGGCCGCCCUUGUAGCGGCGGACCCAGUCCACAUCCCUCUCGCUCGAAGGUCAAACCAUGCCCGACAUACGUCACUCAAUCGCCUGGCUGCGAAGGCCAAUCGCGUUCGCGCGAAGUAUGGGUACCCGACUGUAGGCUCGGGCUUCAACAAGCGCGCGACGACUGGUGGAUUGGCGAUGAUUAACCAGGAAGAGGAUGAGUCGUACCUCGGCCAGGUGUCCGUGGGCACCCCUCCGCAAGACUUCCUACUCAUUCUCGACACCGGUUCCUCCGACCUCUGGUUCUCGUCUACCGACUGCUCCGGAUGUCCAUCUGACACGCCCAGCUUCAGCACGUCCGCAUCUUCCACGUACAAGCCGAACACGUCCACAGAGAGCAUUAGCAUCACGUACGGCACUGGAAGUGUCGACGGUGUGCUCGGCUCCGACACGGUCAGUAUGGCAGGCCUCACCGUCGCGCAACAGACGUUUGUCCUCGGACUCGAGCUCGGCAAGGACACGCUCGACCAGAACGUAUCCGGCAUCAUGGGCCUCGCAUGGCAAGGCCUUGCGUCCUCGGAUGCAGUGCCCUGGUGGCAGGCGCUCGUCGCGGAUGGCCAGCUCGCGAGCUCCGAGAUGGCGUUCUACCUGACACGCUUCAACGGCGAUGCCAAUGCGUUGAAUCUCGAGCCAGGAGGAUACUUCACGAUUGGCGGCACCAACAGCUCGCUGUUCACAGGCACCAUCGAGACCCACGAUAUUCUGAACAGCUCGGAUCCGACGUUCUGGAUGAUCACCAUGUCGGAGGUCGCAGUGAGCGGGAAGAGCGUCGACAAGCCGACGGGCGACUCGAGCGCGGCGGUGAUUGACACGGGCACAUCGCUCCUCGGUGGGCCGUCUGCGGACGUUGCGGCGAUAUACAGCGCCAUCCCAGGCAGCCAGGCGCUCAAGGGCGAGAACGCAGGGUUCUAUUCGCUUCCAUGUUCUGCAACAGUGGACGUGUCCAUAGCGUUUGGCGGACAGUUGUGGCCCAUCAGCACAGAAGACAUGGUGGUGCCUGCUGGUGAGAACCUAUGCACAGGCGCGAUAUUCGAUUUAGAUCUUGGCUUGAAUGUCACGGGAGGAGACGUUCCAGCUUGGAUUGUAGGCGAUACUUUCCUGAAAAACGUCUACAGUGUCUUCCGAGCGGAUCCCCCGUCAGUGGGCUUUGCACAAUUAUCCAGCGCUGCG